UACGCUGUAAUUGCAAAUAAUAGCAUGUCACACUGAGACAAUAUGUCAAGUAAAAUAGUAAAUGUGAAAUGUCAAUUUAAAGAAAAAAAACCUACAAAAUUGUAAGGCGGUAUAAAUAAACAUUAAAAAUAAAAAAUCGCUACAUGUGAUUUAGUGAAGACAUUACUUUUUUAAUCAUAAGUGGCAUAAUUAAUUAUACACAUUAUGAAGCUUAUUACUCACAACAUGCUCACAUCAAAAUGCUUAAAAGGAGUUCUUACAGGUUAUCCACUUGCCAUUAACGCUACGAAUAUUAAAGUGAAUGAAGUUGAUUUUAAUCCCGACUUCAUUUCUAGAAUUAUCCCUAAAUUAGAUUGGGAAGUAUUGUGGAAAGCAGCAGACAGCAUAGGUCAUAGUGAAGGCUUACCACAAACUAUUGAACGAAACUAUGAUGAAGACAAGGAAUUCUUGAAAAAAGCACACCGAGUUCUAUUAGAGGUAGAAGUGGAAGAGGGUUAUUUGACUUGUCCUGAAUCGGGUCGACAAUUUCCUAUAACCAAAGGCAUCCCUAAUAUGUUAUUAACAGAAGCAGAAGUGCAAUAAAUGAAGUAUAUAAAUAAAUGUUAUAUUAAUAUAACCUGAAUCAAAAAACAGCGUUACAAAUUUACAACGCUGAAAUUGGUUACAUUUUCAAGUAUGGCAUUUAAACUCAUAAUUAAUGGAUUAAAUAGUCAAAACAAUAUUACAUAAUUACUUGUUUAAGUUACUUUUGUAAUGUGAUUAUUACUAUGAUGGUUUUCUUUUAUUGAAUCAUAAAUAUUGUAAUGAUUUCAAAUAAUUUAGAUUAUGAUUUUUUUACUAUCAUUAAUUAGGAGAAUUGCUGCCGAUUAGAUCUAAAUAUUAGAACUAAUGUUUAGUAUAGCUCUCUGUAUUCAUUUUGUAAUUAUAAACAUUCCUGUGAAAUCUUUUAAUGCCUUCUAGAUAAAAUUGUUGCUUUUUUUUAAUUAUUAAUUUUCUUAAAUAGGAAUAAGAUAAUAAAGAUACAACAAUAUCUAAAAUUUUCCUUUGCAAUAUUUAAUUGUUAAUUACAUUGAGGUUUUAUGUACAGCUUAACAUUUGUAAAAACUUUUAAUUAGUAGCUUUAUAAUAAAUUUAUAUGUAUGUUAGAAAUUUAUAAUUUAAUAUCCCUUCAAAUGUUAUUUUCUAAAAUUGCAUACAAAUAUGUUUUGCCUCUGGGAUAUAAUUAAAUUGUGAAAUCAUAUUUCAUUAUUGUUUUGCAUUCCGACAUUUUUUUGCAAAUUGUACUGCAAUGAAUAUUAGAAGUUUAAAGAAAGAGCUGGUCAAAAAAUAAAUAUAUAU